CGAAAUUUACGAAAUCAUCAGCAUGUCGGAAGCAACGAACGAAAUACCGCUUGACCGCAAGCUGACGGAAAUUUUCGACGAAGGAUACAGCGCAAUGAACCGCUUGGAUGAAAACAAAACCAUCCCUUCGAAUGCACCCGAAUUUCAGGCAGCAGUAAAGAAAGCAAUUGGCCUUUUCGAAGAUGCUACACGGCUCGUGAGCCUGGUGGGGAUGUUCAGCACCAACGAAUCGUACGAAGAAGUUCCAACGGAAAAUCUACGCUACUUUUUGCUACCCUACUUCCUUGGCAGCAUGACACUGCGGCUGUGCAACGUGAACCGGUCGGAAGUGGUGGAAGUGGCUGAAGUUUAUUUUAAGGAUUUUCUAUCGCGUUGUGAAAAUUACCGACUGUACGAAACGCCAGACCGAGACAGUGAUGCAGCACUUGCCGAACUGGCCCUAGUGCCUGGUGUAGCAUCGAGCGAUAAAAUACGCGAACUACAACAAAUGGGAGCGCAGCGCAAUGAAAAGAUUCGUAAAUUUCAAGAAAAGAAAGAACUGGAUGAAAAGAUUAAACAGUUGCGGUAUGUGGUCGAACAAUCGGAGGCAAAAAUUGACGAUGAAACGAAGCGUGAGUUUUUCCUAUCGCUGCUUAAAUCGGCCAUCAUCGAGUCGCAGGAUGAGCUGGAAAGUAUUGACCGGGAAAAGCAGAUGCUUCUGUUUGUAGCGUCCGCAAAACAGAGGAACGAAGAAGGGGACGAGCUUGGGGAAGGUGCUAUGAGUCACGCCACGAAAAAGCGUCCAGUAAAGCCACUGAAACCCAUCAUCAUUACGCGUGAUGCGGUACAGAAAGCAGUAUACGGCAUAGGCUAUCCUAGUCUGCCAACGAUGACGGUAGCGGAAUUUUACGAACAACGCGUAGCGGAAGGAAUUUUUCCCGAUCCGGAAAAGAUGAAGGAAGUGAACAAAAACUCGCUAAUGAACAAGGUGCACAUGGACAAUGCAGCCGAACAGGAUCGGGAAGAUGAGGAGCAGGAGAAGUUGGUCGAGCGCGAUGAUGAGGAAUAUUUGGCGCGUCAGCGGGCAAAGGAUGAGUUUAAGGACGAGCAUCGGCGCGGUGAAGGAAACCGGUACAAUCGUAGCUAAAUCGUAUGAAAUGUACAUUUAUUUUUAACUCAU